AUGAUGCAGCACAUUGCAGUGGAGGAGGAGUACUGUCAGCCCCACACAGUGGACAGAGUGGCAGGAGGUCAGGUUCCUCACAUGUGGGGACAAUCUCUCUACAUCCUCGCCUGUCUUCUUGCUGAGGGCUUCCUGGCUCCAGGUGAGAUGGAUCCUCUAAACCGCCGCUUCUCCACGUGUCUGAAGCCAGAUGUUGUGGUCCAAGUGUGCGUGUUAGCAGAGUGUGAGAAGAUCCAGAAGGUUCUGAGUGAUCACGGCGUGAAGGUGCAGAUGUUGUGUGAUGUCCAUCCUAUCAGAGUCUUACCUGCACGCAUCCUCAGUCACGUCUACGUCAGACUAGGUAGGUCUUCACCUACCUGUUCAUCACCAGGAUUUGAUCCUUGUAUCCUAGCAACAAUCAGCAAGCUGCAGGAUGGAUACUUUGCUGGAGCUAGGGUGGAGAUGUCGCAGCUGUGUGACCUCCAAACGACCUCCUUUCACACGCACCUCAGCUUCCUGGAUGAAGAAAGUGAGGACUUGGUACUGGACCAGGAAGAAGAGCAAGACUAUGGAGAAGAAUAUUGUCUGUGCCGGCCUUCAGACUCCUCCCCCAAGGACGUGUUUGAUGAGUACCUGACUCAGCUGCUCCACAGCACUGCCAGCACCUGUCAUCUUCCUCCCAUCCAGAGGGGGCAGCAGCACGUCUUCACUGCUCAACACACAACCAGAGAUAUCCUGUCCUUUGUGGCGCAGGUGCAGGGUCUGCACAUGCCCAAGUCGUCCAUGUUUCUUCCUGUCACUCCGCUCAUGAGCAAACAUCGCAAGUCUCUCAACCUUCUACCACUCCCUCACCACCUCCAUGCUGCUGCCAGGACUGCACAAGCUGUCAGUGCUGCAGAUCUUCACCUGCCUAAAGACGCAGAAGGAAAGACAGACUUUGGCAGUUUGGUGCAGCAACUGAAGGAAUGUCCUUCUCUGCAGGACCAAGCAGACAUUCUUUAUGUCCUCUACGUCAUGAAAGGAGCUGAUUGGCCGGUGGACUUGCCAGGUGCGAGUGUGAGCGUGCGAGUGCUGCUGGAGGAACUUUACGUGCAGGCAGGAGCGUGCAAGGAGUGGGCGCUCAUCAGAUACAUUUCUGGAAUAUUACGCAAGAGAGUGGAGGUCCUCUCUGAGGCUUGCACGGACCUUAUUUCUCACCACAAGCAGAUAACAGUCGGUCUUCCUCCUGAGCCCAGAGAGAAAGUCAUUACAGUUCCUCUUCCUCCUGAGGAGCUCAACAAUCUGAUCUAUGAAGUCAGCGGUCAAGACAUCAGUGUUGCUGUCCUCACUCAGGAGAUCAUGGUGUACCUGGCCAUGUUCGUGCGCUCGCAGCCCUCCCUGUUUGGAGACAUGCUGAGACUGAGGACAGGACUCAUCAUGCAGGUGAUGGCCACAGAGCUAGCUCGCAGUCUCACAUGUUCUGGUGAGGAGGCGUCAGAGAGUCUGAUGAGUCUGAGUCCUUCUGCCAUGAAGAAGCUGCUCCAUCACAUCCUCAGUGGGAAAGAGUUUGGAGUGGAAAAAAGCAUGCGACCUACGCGUGUCCCGUCCACCGUGUGUAGUCCAGCUAUCUCCAUCCAUGAAGUGGGACACACUGGAGCCACCAAGACUGAGCGCUCAGGAAUACACCAACUGAAGAGCGACAUCAAACAGAUUCUCAGUGGUGGUGUGUCCACAUGCAGCAAUGUCACCUCGCCUCGCUCCACGCGGUGCAGCAGCCCGUCCACCCCCAGUGGGAUGUUGUCUCCAGUGGGGUGUGGUCCAGGAGACGGUCAGCUGCAGUGGGAGGCCAGACAAGGCCAGUGGCUGAGGAGACGCAGGUUGGACGGAGCCAUCAACAGAGUUCCUGCAGGGUUCUACCAGAAGGUGUGGCGAAUCCUGCUCAAGUGUCACGGCCUCUCCAUCGACGGCUACGUCUUACCUUCUUCUGCCACCAGAGAGAUGACAGCCAGAGAGAUGAAGUUUGCAGUGCAGGUGGAGAGCGUGCUCAACCACGUCCCUCAGCCCGAGUACAGACAACUGCUGCUGGAGACCCUCACCCUCCUGGGGCUGCUGGCCGACCUGCACCUCCACAACCUGGGGGCCAUCAUCCAUGUGGACCGCAUCCUGCACAUGGCCAACAACCUCUUCCUUAGCGACCAGAAGUCUCUGAGCGUGUGUGACGACUUCCUGGAGAAGGACGCAGCAACAGGAAUCUGCAACCUUUUCUACGACAGCGCCCCCAGUGGUCGCUACGGCACCAUGACCUAUUUGACCAAAGCUGUCAUGACCUACGUGCACGACUUCCUGCCCGCCUCCAGCUGCAGCAUGCAGUGACAACACCACCUGCAACAACCAUCCGCUUUUAUUUUGAAACAGCUGCACAACAUGGAUUUUAUUUGGGAUUUUCUGUCACGGUAACAAUUAGACACACAGCUUGUACUUCAGUAUAAAUACUGUGCAUACAUCAGUAUCUGCAGUAUAAAUACUGUACAUACAUCAGUAUCUGCAGUAUAAAUACUGUACAUACAUCUGUAUCUGCAGUAUAAAUACUAUGCAUACAUCAGUAUCUGCAGUAUAAAUACUAUGCAUACAUAAGUAUCUGCAGUAUAAAUAUUGUACAUACAUCAGUAUCUGCAGUAUAAAUACUGUACAUACAUCUGCAGUAUAACUACCGUACAUACAUCAGUAUCUGCAGUAUAAAUACUGUACAUACAUCAGUAUCUGCAGUAUAAAUACUGUACAUACAUCUGCAGUAUAAAUACUGUACGUACAUCAGUAUCUGCAGUAUAAAUAC